UCCGAUCGAUCAGAGCGGUCUCACGUUAUUAACAGAGGACAAGCCAAGUCUACAACCAAGGACAAAGACCCGGUAAUUCCCACCUACAUCUACCAAGGGUAGCGUGGACCACGUACGCCCUCUACGACGGACGGUCCAUGAUAUCGUCAAGUGACAGACACCUUCAAGUCUUCAAGUUCCAUUUUUUCCCUUUUGCGCACGAAAGAAAAACCCACGAGUUCCCUCGGGUUCAAGGGCUUUUAAACAGAGGAAUUGCUACGAGCUUCCAAGCUGGUAGGCGGCUAGAGAGUCUCCAAGCUCCUGCCGAUGAAGCGUACGAGCCCUCACCAAAACCCCUAUAAAAACCCCUUCCACAGUAAAAUACAGCUCCACUUCACAGUAAAAACACACACCCACGCAAGCAAGCAAGCAGAGAGGCUCCAGGUCCAGGUCCAGGGCCGAUCGAAGCAGCCAGUGCCAUGGACAAGGAGCAAGAAGAAGAAGGCCGCGCGACGUGGGUCUCCGGCGCCCUCAUCGUCGGCGCAGGCCCGUCGGGGCUCGCAGCGGCCGCUUGCCUUGCAGCUCGCGGCGUGCCGGCCACGGUGCUCGAGAGGUCCGACUCGCUGGCCUUCACGUGGCGCCACCGCAUGUAUGACCGGCUGGCGCUCCACCUGCCCAAGCACUUCUGCGAGCUGCCGCUCCUCCCGUUCCCGGCGGAGUACCCGACCUACCCCUGCAAGGACCAGUUCGUGGCCUACAUGGAGGCGUACGCCGCCGCGGCCGGCGUGGCUCCCCGCUUCGGCGCCAGCGUCGAGGAGGCCGCGUUCGACGCGUCCGUGGGCGCCUGGGCGGUGCGCCUGGCGGGCGGCGAGGUGCUCAUGACCAGGUGGCUCGUCGUGGCCACGGGCGAGAACGCCGAGCCGCACGUCCCGGACUUUCCCGGCAUGCGGCAGUUCGCCGGGCGCGUCCUGCAUACGUGCGACUACAAGUGCGGCGAGGAGUUCGCCGGGGAGAAGGUGCUGGUGGUGGGGUGCGGGAACUCCGGCAUGGAGGUGAGCUUGGAUUUGUGCCGGCAUGGCGCUAAGCCCUCCAUGGUGGUGCGGAGCACGGUCCAUGUGCUGCCAAAGGAGAUGCUGGGUGUGUCGACAUUUGGCAUUGCCAUGGCUCUGCUCAAAUGGCUGCCGGUCCAGCUGGUGGAUCGGUUCAUCCUGGCGGCGGCGCGCUUGACACUGGGCAACACGAGCCAGCUGGGGCUUAGACGGCCCAAGACGGGGCCCAUCGAGCUGAAGAACCUCACCGGCAGAACCCCUGUGCUGGACGUCGGGACUCUAGACCACAUCAAAUCAGGCAAAAUUAAGGUGGUAGGAGCAGUGAAGGAGGUGACGAGGCGAGGGGCCAGGCUCGCGGACGGCAAGGAGGAGGAGCAGUUCGACGCAAUAAUACUGGCGACGGGCUACAGGAGCAACGUGCCGUCCUGGCUCAAGGAUGGAGGUGAUGUUUUCACAAGAGAAGGCACGCCCAAAACCCCUUUCCCUGACGGCUGGAAAGGGCGAAACGGCCUCUACACCGUCGGAUUCUCGCAGAGAGGGCUCCUCGGAGCAUCGUCGGAUGCCCUAUGCGUUGCCAGAGAUAUACAUUGCCAAUGGAGGGAAAGAGAUAAACCCACUAGCGAUGUACACCAAGCUGAUAGCUCCGUUUGAUUCUCAUGGGAAUGUACAGCGUUUAACUAGGAGUUUUGUGCAUA